UUCUCUUCCAGUCGGGCAGUGCACAUCGAACAUGAGAGCUCUAGACUUGUGUAUUUUAAAGCUUUUUCUGCUCAUAUUGUUGGCAGCUAGCUACGAUUUUCACGAAACUGAUGCCAACUCAACUGAGACAUGUAGUUCGGCUUGCCUACAUGAGAUGAAACCUCUGUUCAGGAGCAACCGGGAAACAAACGAGCAGUUGAAAGCCUAUGAAGCGUCUAUGCUGGAAAAGAAGAAGCAAAUUGAGAAAAUACAGAAACAGCUAAAUGCCAUUCAGGUGCAGCAUUCAAAUACUAAAGAUGAGCUGAUGCAGGCGCUUAACAAAGCUCAAGCUGAAGAUAAGAACUCAAUCGAAUCGAUGAAGGCCCAAUUGAAUGCCAAUACCGAAACUCUUAGGUUAGUACUUAACGAAAUUGCCAGCUUGAACAGUUCGAUUUCCGACUCGUGCUAUAAAGAGUUGGCUAAAGAUCUGGCCAUAAAUUGCAUACCCUUCGAAGAGUCCUCCGAUGUCCAUGAUAUAUUUGUCCAUGGCUUCGGCAAUCUCUCUGUGCGAUGCGAUGCCGAAACAGCUGGAAGCGGCUGGUUGGUGGUGCAGAGACGCUUCAGUGGAAGGGUUGACUUCUACCGUAACUGGGCUGAGUACAAGAAGGGCUUUGGCGACUUGAACGAUGAGUUCUUUAUUGGACUCGAGGCACUGCAUCAUUUGACCAAAUCUCUACCCUACGAACUUUACGUAUCCCUUGUCGAUUUCGACGAGAACAUCCGUUACGCUCGCUACGACAACUUUCUGAUUGGCAGCGAGCAGGAAAACUAUAUGCUCAAGUCACUGGGCACCUAUACCGGAAACGCUCGCAAUUCAUUGUCAUACAAUCUGCAUGACGACUUCACCACCUAUGACCGCGAUAACGAUCGCUGGCCCCAAGGCAAUUGUGCCGCGCAUUAUCGAAGCGGCUGGUGGUACAACCUCUAUGGCAACAGCAACCUCAACGGGCAAUACUUUAAUGAAAGGGUUCAUAGUGAGCAGGGCAUUUGGUGGUAUGAUUGGCAUGGCUAUUAUUCAUUGAAGUCUGUUCAGAUGAUGAUACGACCCAAAUAUACAUCGAUGUAAGCUUGAGAAAGAA